AUGGGCAAUCCGCGAAGAGAGUUCUUGAAGGUUAGCAUUCGCUGGAGUACCAUGCGCAACUGUGAAGAUGUCGCAAGGUUAGUGAUGAAGACGCAAGGAAGGAGUUCAACACGGGUCGCUGAUCAGCGGGAAGGAAAAAAAGGUAAGCAGGUGCUGGUGUGGAACCGUGAUUCGAGUCGAUCAGAGAGGGUGGGGAUGGGUGGGAAAUGGACGAAACGGAGGACAGGAGGGACUGGAGGGAACCAACACCGACCAACGCAACAGGAGAGCAAGGCGUUCGGGCACCAGCGUCAGAUGGAUUCAAUUCGCUGGCCAGCACCUGAUUGUGGCUUGGAGCGAAUGAGAGCAGUUGUAGGGUGGAUUGGAACCGUGACAGGGAUCAUGCAGCUCCCAAGUCGCACCAGGCCUUCGUUGCUGUCCUCUCUGCACAAUGGCAAGAAGAUUCGGGGGUAG